CCAGAUAAUAGGAAAAAUGAUUAUGUCCAUCUUACACUUGAGUUGGUUAAUAAUUAUAGAUAACUCAUAGUUCAUGUUCUGCUCAUAAUUGAAAUCAGGGAAAAUUCUUAUAAAAAUGGAUACCAGUAACAAAUUGGAAGAUGUAGGAGAACUUUGUGGUCCUCUUGAUUAUGGGCCAAUUAAGGCCGUCGUUCUACUUUAUCCAGUUCAUUAUGCAUGUUUUUGGCAUUUAAAAUUGUGUACAAUUAUUAGAAGAGCGUCAAUUAUGACAAACUACUCUACAAAUCGAAAUUUCAGUUCUCCAUGCUGUGGGGGAUAAUAUGAUCUCUUCAAUUGGCAGGAUCUCACGUGUUUUCAAAUGCUAAGUGUCAGACUUCCCUGCCUGGACCUUCGUUAAUCGUGAUCAAUUGAUUGUAAUGCUUUAGUUGUUUCUAAUAAAUCAUUGGAGCGCCAUUUUUCCCCGACAUCAUUUUCCAACCUUUUUAUUCUUGUUCAUUGUUUUAUUCUUUUCACAUGCUUUCUGUGAAUAAAUUUAACAGGCAUUUUUUAUCAGAUAUUUUUUGUCUUUAGUUUCCAUUUUCGAUAACCAUGAUGUGUUCCUCUUGUUAAUGGUAUAAUUCAAGGCACUUGAUACAUCAUUGGAUGGGAGGGUGAGAGGAAUAAAGGUGUGUAAUGCUACGUGCUGAUUGUUUGAUUCGUAGCUUAAACAAAUCCAGGAACUUCUGAUGUGGAUAUAUUCAAUUCAACAUAUUGAUAUGGUCUUCAUUUGCUGUCAGAAUGCAUCAAUUUGGUCAGAAUGGUUAUGCAAUAACCUUGAGUUCUAAGAGUAUUUUUGUCUUUUAUAAAGAUGCCUGUGGCUGCAAUUACUGAAAGUCACUUCUCUCAAUGUUCAAGUUUCUCAUUUAAGCUGCAGGUUUACAGAGUUGCGUUCUCUUGGGAUGUGUUUGCAUAUCUAUGUGUGUAUGAUUUUCAACCUUGUGUAGCAUCCAGUUGGACUUGAGCACUUCCUACUUAAAUUUCAGUAGUGUCAGGGAACAUUUGUAUGUGGCCUAAGUCUGUUUGGUUCUAAUAUAGGAUGCCUCCCUUCUCUUUCUGUUUACAUAUUAAUGGUCCUACCUUCUCUUCUGUCUACAUAUUAAUGGUUUCACGUCAAGUGGAAUAGUUUGCAUUUUUUGUUGUUGGAUAUUCCCAGUGACUUGGCUCAUAACUUAAAGAUGUUUGACCACGUGAUUCAGGGAGAUACCAUUUACCUGUUCUACGAAACAAAGAAUUCAAUUACCAUGCAGGGAGAUAUUGGAGUUUCCUGUAGUAUUGAUAAGGGAGCAACAUGGCAGCACUUGGGGAUUGCUCUGGAUGAAGACUGGCACCUCUCUUACCCGUACAUCUUUGACUACAAUGGCAAUAUAUAUAUGAUGCCUGAAGGCAGUCAGAAAGGGGAACUUCGUCUAUAUCGAGCAGUUAAUUUUCCUAUGCAAUGGACACUUGAUAAGAUAAUCAUGAAAAAGGCCCUUGUUGAUUCUUUUAUUAUUCCUCAUGAGGGGAAGUUCUGGCUUUUUGGUUCAGAUCAAAGUGGUAUUGGCACCGAAAAAAAUGGACAACUGGAAAUCUGGUAUAGUAGCUCUCCACAUGGCCCUUGGAAACCGCAUAAAAAGAACCCGAUAUAUAACACAGACAAGAGUGUGGGAGCUCGGAAUGGAGGCAGGCCAUUUGUGUAUAAUGGAAAUCUUUAUCGCGUAGGUCAAGACUGUGGCAAGACAUAUGGGCGACGAACACGUGUCUUCAAAGUUGAAGUUUUGUCCACUAAUGAGUUCAAAGAAGUUGAAGUUCCCCUGGGUGUUGAGGUGUCGAGCAAGGGACGGAAUGCCUGGAAUGGGGCCCGCAGCCAUCACCUCGAUGUACAGCAGCUCGGUUCUGGAGAGUGGAUUGCGGUUUUGGAUGGAGAUCGAGUACCUUCUGGGGAUGCAAAUCGUCGCUUUAUUCUUGGUUCGGCUGCAGUUAUUGCUGUUUCUGUAAUUGUCAUACUUGUGGGAAUGCUAGUCGGGGCCGUGAAAUGCAUAGUACCUUUAAGUUGGUGCCCACACAACAUGGGAAAGAGAAGCGAUUCUUUGUUGGCUUGGGAGAGGUCAAAUGUAUUAUCUUCCAAGCUGCGUCUUUUUUGCAGUCGACUGAACAGAGCAAGCUCAAAACUUCGGGCCAGAAUUCGACCAAGCACUUGCAUGGGGACCCUCAUUCUUGUCCUAACAAUUGUUGUGGCCAUUUUCCUGAUGUGCAGUGGAGUUAAAAAUAUAUACGGUGGCAGUGGUGCUCAUGAACCAUAUCCAUUGAAUGGUCACUACUCUCAGUUCACUUUAUUGACAAUGACCUAUGAUGCCAGGCUUUGGAAUUUGAAAAUAUAUGUAAAGCAUUAUUCGAGAUGUUCUUCCGUGCGUGAGAUUGUAGUGGUGUGGAACAAAGGCAUACCUCCACAAUCCAGCGAUUUUGAUUCAGCUGUGCCUGUGAGGAUAAGAGUAGAGGAAGAGAACUCACUGAACAAUCGAUUCAAGAUGGACCCAUCAAUAAAGACCCGUGCUGUUCUUGAGCUUGACGAUGAUAUUAUGAUGACUUGUGAUGAUGUUGAACGAGGUUUCAGGGUGUGGCGUGAACAUCCCGAUCGAAUUGUCGGAUUUUAUCCUCGACUCAUCAACGGGAACCAUUUGAAGUAUCAAGGUGAAAAACAUGCUCGAAACCACAAUGGAUAUAACAUUAUCUUAACGGGAGCAGCUUUCAUUGACGGUCCUAUGGCUUUUGGGAGGUACUGGAGCGAGAAAGCUGCAGCUGGCAGGGCUUUGGUGGAUAAGUAUUUCAAUUGUGAGGAUGUACUUAUGAACUACUUGUAUGCAAAUGCUAGCUUAUCUGAGGUUGUCGAGUACGUGAAACCCACAUGGGCUAUUGAUACGUCGAAAAUAUCUGGUGUUGCAAUUAGCCGGAACACAAAGGCUCAUUACGGGGUCAGAAGCAAUUGCCUAAUGAAGUUUUCAGAUAUGUAUGGGAGUUUAUUGCAUCGAAAGUCAUACUUUAGUAGUCGAAAGGAUGGUUGGGAUUUAUAGUGAAGAAAGAAUUAUAGCAUCCGGUAAAAUGUAGUACCCUUUUUUCUCUUUUCUUAGUGCAAGUUUUGUUUAUACUCCAUCGUAACUUUGAAUUUUGCUUUGGUUAAUCAGUAGUUUAUGUAAGUGAGGUGUACAUUGGUUUGAAUGAAAAUUAUGUUUCUUCCUU